CGAGUCUCCGUGUCUCUUCCAACUCCUCCCAUCCAUGAUCCCUAUCCCGUCCCUCUCUCUCUCUCUCCUUGAUUCUUCCCCAUUGGCAUCUGCAUCGGAUCCUGUUUUCCCUCCCCCCCUUUCGCCCCGUUUUGCCCUGGUUUUUUCUUCGACAACACCGCCGGAAGGUUGUUCGUCCUGUCUCGUCCGCUGUCUUCCCUGUCCCUGCUUACUUCACUCUUGUCUGCUGUAUGCAUAGCUCAACUCAUCGUUGAUUUGCCGCUCAUUUGCUUGCUCUCUCCAAUCUGCCGUCAUUUCGGCUCUACCCAAUUGCCCAUUGCGUCUUCACCCCUCCUCAUCUCCCAUCAUCUGUUUUUUUUUUUUUUGAUCCUCUGCCAUUUCGAAAGUCUUGGACUCGCCUCGUCAUCUACCUACCUCGAGUCUCAUCUGGCAUCCCAUCCAUCAUCCCACGCUCGCUACUUUUACCUUGCCUUAGUAUUCUUUGGAUCCCUUUCGUUUCACUCACCCCUCCAGCCCUAUCCCGUCCGUGCCUAUCAAUUGACACCUCUGCAUUAUUGUCCGGGUCUUCAUACACUAUUACAUGCCGUCGCUCGCUACCUCACCUUGCCAACAACGCAUCCAUACCUUAGACCUCGACAUACCGCACCAGUAACUAUUACCGCUCUUCUUACCGCUAGAUUGUCGCCGUUCACGGACUUUACAUCGCUGUUUCCUCUAUCCGUAUCCGUACAUUCGUUCACUCGCCCGCACCGCACCGCACCAACAACCGUCAACACGCACAAUCUUCUUCCAUCGCGUAUUAUACCAUACAACAAGUCCCGUACAAUAUCAAUAACCGAACCCGAGGUCAACGCUUUCAGCUGCCAUCAUCUCAUCUUGUCCUGAUUGACGACGCAUACUCCCGUCACUGUGUGCUGUCGAUACAACACGUCUUGUGACCUUGACAACCGGCCCCCCCGCCGUCACUAUCCCAGCCAUUUCGAGACACUUCACCUGGGCUUUCGCACACGCUGAGCAUCAAGGGGUCUCUCCCCACAGACAGUCUGCCUUCGUCUCGUCUCAUCAUCCCUCGUCAAAAAGACAAGACGACCAAGCACCAGCCAAGCCCUGAGCCAGGGAUUGCCUGCUACGCAUAAUUGCGCCUUGCGAACCACCCGCGCAACCCGCAACCACUCUCCCACCUCAAGGUUCCAACGCCCAGAUCCCAGCAAUCAUUACAGCAUAGCCUGGCCCAUUUCCCUUGCUCCACCAACCCGCACCCAGACCCAUCCCAAGCAACCUGCCCAAGGGGCCCUCCACCAUCCACCCUAUUCUGGACUGUUGCCCCGUCCUUCCAAGGCCUGGCCACGACAAUCUCGACCAGAGAUACCGCCAAACAAGCUUUUUGUCUUGUUUUCUCUUCCUCCCUUUCGUUUCCUUCCUUUCCCUUCUCCUCGAUACUCGGCGAUGCAAUGAUGAUAUACGGGCAUCAAGACGUUGAUCUCGCGGGUCCCAGUCCAGGUUCACCGCCAGGUAUGACGUCCUCAAAGUCGUCAAAGUCCUCUUCCUUCAAGUCCUUCCAUUCCGACGACAAUAGCGUCCUGGACGACGUUAGCCAUUUUGAAGAAAUCGGUCUAGACGACGAUGCUUCUCAUUACGAUACACAACGCCCUCGCGAGUCCCAUUCGAAGCCCUCUCAACCUUACUCGAGGUCCUACGCCAACGACUUCCGCCCUCCGUCAUGGAAACCACCCCAUUCCCGCUCUCCGCCAGUGACACGAGACCUCGCGAAGCCUAGAAGCUCAGGUCCCACGGCAGACCUCGCUCCCCACUCUCGCGGUUCCUCUCGACCCCCUUUCCUGAGCUUGAAGACCGACAGCCACGUUCUCAACCGCCGCAGCCCAAGCGCUGGCCGCCUUCCCGAUCCCCGUCGAAGCCCGGUGAACCCGGUAAACCCUCGAGGUUUCGCGAGCCACUCGACGACUUCCCUUCAAUUCCCUCGCAAGAACCGCAGCCCGAGCCCGAACUUCUCACUAUUGCCGAGAGAUCCAAAUGUGCCCCUGAAACCGCGUCGGGGCAGCUGGCAGUCGAACCAAGACAGAAAAUCCACGUUUGAGUUGGAAAAAGAGUGCGACGAGGAUGACACGGACGACAUUCCCGACGGCCUCAUUCUCGACAAUGUCCCCAUCUCUCCUAGACCCAAGCUUGAGCGCACGCCGAGCAGGCCAACUUCCUCUGGAGCAUCUCCCAACCGGCCGCCAAAGGAACGUGUUCGAAGCGUUGGUAACGGAACAUCUCCAAUCCCAGUUGAGACGGGAUGCCUGCGUUCACCGUCGUGGAAGUCCGACACUGCUCUGUCCUCGAUUGGCGAACGUGGGCCUGAACCGCUCAAGACUCGGGCCAGAAGCUGGAAUCUCGCACUGGCAGAACUCAAUGCCGAUGCCAAGGACUUGACGGAGAAGCUCGAGGAGCACUCGGAUUAUGUGCGUGAAAAGGCCGCUGAAAAUGCCAACCCUACAGGACGUCACACGUGGAAUGGCAAAUCUCUCGAACAACACGCCCAGAAGCCCCGCGUCAAGUCCGCUCUUCCCGAACUUCCUUCACUCCGGAGUCAAACCAAUAUCAUGAUCGACCCACUUCCAGUUUCCAAGGAAAAGGAGGCUGUGCUCAGCCGCACCAGACCAUCAUGGCUUCCUCCCAAGGAUCCCGCGGAAGAGAAGCGUCACCUGCGUGAAUACAAGAAGAUGAUGGCACGCAGCGCCGAGGCAGAUCGUCGCCGUGAGGCUUCGCGUCUCGCGCGGAAGUCUUCACGCGAUCUGAAGGUCGACAGCUUGAUGCAUAUUUGGGAGGACGACAUCAUUCCGAGAUGGACCGACGCGAUCCGCGAACGUCGCACCCGUGAGCUGUGGUGGAAGGGAAUCGCUCCGCGCAGCAGAGGUCAGGUAUGGUCCAGGGCCAUUGGCAACGAACUUGGCCUUUCGGAAAAGUCCUACAAGGCCGCUCUCGGCCGGUCCCAGGAGCUUGAGGAGCGAGUCAAGGCUGGCAAGGGCGAUUCGGAGGAUAUCCAGAGAGCCGCAUGGCUAUCAGCUAUACGCAAAGACGUGGCCGAACACACAUGGCAGGAUCUUCGAAUUUUCCAAGUUGGCGGGCCCCUUCACCAGAGUCUCGUCGACGUCCUGUUCGCCUAUGCGCUGUACCGGAGCGAUAUCGGCUACGUCAAGGGCUGCAACACCGUCGCUGCCCUUCUUUUACUGAACCUUCCCUCGCCGUCCGCAACCUUCAUCGCUCUGGCCAACGUCCUGAAUCGCCCAUUGCCUCUGAGCUUUUACUCAGAAGAUCCCGGUGCGAAGGCUUCAGCCUACAACCUCGUGAUGCAGACUCUGAGCGUCAAGGCUCCCCGCCUUCACGAGCACCUGACCAAAGAUAUUUCCGAGGGUGACGCGGAUUUCUACCUCGGCAACUUCUUCAUGGGACUCGGAACCACGCAUUUGGCUAUGGACGAAGCCGCUCGCCUGUGGGACGUCUACGUCUUUGAGGGCGAUGCGGUCCUGGUGCGAGCAGCUGUAGCCACGCUCAUGCGUCACGAAAUGGCACUCCUUGGCGCCAAGUCGGCUGGAGAAGCCAAGAAGCUGGUCGAAAGCAGCGCCAACAAGGAUGGCCGUAAGGCUGUAGUUGGCGACGAUGGUGCCGAAGACCAGUGGAUGCGAUCCGUUCGGGAAGCGGGCAAAGCCUAGUCUGUUCCGAACGGUCUCGUAUUGAAAAGUCCUUUUACGCUUGAUGAAUAUUUCGGCUUUGGAAAAAUACGACAUGAUCCUAACUGUUUAUAUCUAAUCUCCUGGGCCGGUGUCGUACCGGCCCUUCCAUCGGAGGCAAUCGCACAUACACCGAAAAUCCAAUAGCACUCAACUCAACUCACACAAGGCAGUCGGCUGCAAGCUGUCCACUAGUGGGUGUGUAUAAAGAGCAACCGGCGUCCGCGGCGCGAUGGACAUUACCUGUGGGAGCUGGUUUUUUGUAGCAACCUUUUUUGUUGUUUUCUUUCGUCUCUUUGCCUGGGAGGGAUAUAUACUAUUCUCAUCUGUCGCCUGGAUGUUUCGCAGUGCGCGAGCAUCCUCAUGGACAAGGACAGACAUUCUUAUUGUGGCAUGUAGAUAUACAGACGCUGGACGCCGAGGAACUUGACCAUGCGGAACAUGGCAGGCCCGGCUUUUCCUGCGGAUAAACCAAUGUUCAUGUUUCUCCUGGGACGAGAGACGAUCCCGGAUAGAGGAUAUAACCUGUAUUGGUUCUACAGCGUCGUCGUGUUGGGGCACAUCGUUUACCCCGUAAGACAGACGACCCAGGGGUUGGAGUUUAGCAUCAAACAUUUUCUGGCGUCGCUAGCGAUCCGCAUCUUGCUUUCUUUUCUUGAACCGGGCGGGGUUCAUGGCUUAUUUUUUUCUUUCCAGAGGUGUCGAUCACCUCUUUGAUAUCCCAUUCGUAUCAUAGUCGUAUUGUAGAAGAACCCGUGUGUACUAG